AUGGUGUUUGAUUGCAGCCAUUUGUCGAUCCAGAAUUCUGACGAUUAUGUAUACCUCUAUUCGAGAUUGACAAUCACGCAUCUUUGCUGGCUCUUUUCUCUCGGCGUGACCCCCCUUCCCUCUUCACUAUCCCUGGGGUCGCCCAAUUGCAGAAUUUCUCAAGAAUCCAAAACUGCUUCAAUCGCAUCCUCCUCUGAAUAUCCGACUGCACGGAUAUUUGAUUCAUCAAUGGCGACGCCGGAGUUUGCUCAAACCGACCCGGAGGGGAUUGAAGGAGUUCGGAUGACGUGGCUCAACUGGCCGCGAUCCAAGGUGGAGGCUUCAAAGUGCGUGAUCCCAAUAGCGGCCUCGAUUCAGCCGAUCCGCCCACAUGUGGAUCUGCAGAUCCUUCCGUACGCACCCCUCCGAUGCAAGUCGUGUUCCUCAGUGUUAAACCCCUUUUGCCGGGUUGACUUCACGGCCCUGAUAUGGAUCUGCCCAUUUUGCUUUCAGAGAAACCAUUUUCCGCAGCAUUAUUCAUCACUUUCGCAGACGAAUAUGCCUGCCGAGUUGUACCCUAAUUUCCCCUCGAUCGAGUACUCAAUCCCUAAUUACCAGAACCCGCAGAAUUACAACCCUGCCUUUGUUCCAUCUCCUAUUUAUCUGUUUGUUCUUGAUACUUGCAUGAUCGAGGAGGAGUUGGAGUUUGCCAAAUCGGCUCUUAAACGGGCUGUUGGGAUGCUUCCUGAUAAUGCCAUGGUUGGUUUUAUAUCUUAUGGUACACAGGUUCAGGUUCAUGAGCUGGGGUUCUCGGAGAUGUCUAAGGUGUAUGUGUUCAGGGGUUCGAGAGACUUGUCUAAAGAUCAAGUGUUGGAGCAGCUGGGACUUGGUGUUUCUGGUGGUAGACGGGGUAUUCAGAAGGGUGGUGGUGGACCUAGCCCAAUGGCUGGGUCUGGUCCCAAUGCAGGGAUUAAUCGGUUCUUAUUACCUGCAUCUGAAUGUGAAUAUGCACUUGAUUCGUUGUUGGAUGAAUUGGCUACCGACCAAUGGCCUGUGGCACCAGGUAACAGGGCACUGAGGUGUACUGGAGUUGCAUUGAGUGUUGCAGUAGGGUUGCUUGGUGCGUCUCCUUUGGGAACUGGUGCACGAAUUAUUGCGUUGGUGGGGGGUCCAUGUACUGAAGGUCCUGGAGCGAUGCUGUCUUCUCCUGUUGCGGGUAUUGUCAUAUUUGCUUGUGCGAUUGUAUCAAAAGAUUUGUCUGAUCCUGUGCGUUCACACAAGGAUCUUGACAAGGAUGCAGCUCCUUUCUUUAGAAAAGCAGUCCAGUUCUAUGACGAACUUGGUAAACAGUUGGUUAAUCAGGGCCAUGUGUUGGAUGUUUUUGCUUCUGCACUAGAUCAGGUUGGGAUUGCUGAAAUGAAGGUUGCUAUUGAAAAAACUGGUGGACUCGUCGUGCUAUCUGAAAGUUUUGGUCAUUCUGUUUUCAAGGAUUCCUUCAAGCGCAUUUUUGAAGAUGGGGAACAAUCCCUGGGCCUUUCAUUCAAUUUUGGGGAUGGUAUUAAUCAUGGGGCAAAAGGAAAUCUUAAAACAGCAUUAAGUGGCAUUACUUGUGGUUUCUGUGGCACACUGGAGAUCAGCUGCUCAAAGGAUAUAAAAGUCCAAGGAAUUAUUGGGCCAUGCACUUCGUUAGAGAAGAAAGGGCCUGCUGUUUCCAGCACAGUUACAGGGCAAGGGAACACUACAGCGUGGAAGAUGUGUGGCCUUGACAGAAAUACUUGUUUAACUGUUUUCUUUGAUGUUUCUUCUAGUGAAAAGUCUGAUCCUGCAGGUCCAAAUCCUCAACUAUAUAUACAGUUUCUAACUAGUUAUCAGACUUCUGAUGGUCAGAUGCGGCUUCGAGUCACUACCGUCACUAGACGUUGGGUAGAUAGUACAUUGGGCAAUGAGGAUUUAAUUCAAGGAUUUGAUCAGGAGGUUGCUGCUGUAGUAAUGGCUCGGCUAGCUUCUUAUAAAAUGGAAAUGGAGGAAGGUUUUGAUGCUACAAGGUGGUUGGAUAGAAAUCUGAUUCGCCUGUGUUCCAAGUUUGGGGAUUAUCGGAAGGAUGAUCCAGCGUCAUUUACAUUGAAUCCCUGCUUUUCGUUGUUCCCUCAGUUCAUGUUUAAUCUACGAAGAUCACAAUUUGUACAGGUAUUUAACAAUAGUCCGGAUGAGACUGCCUAUUUCCGCAUUUUAUUGAACCGGGAAACUAUAACCAAUGCUGCAGUCAUGAUCCAGCCCUCCUUAAUAUCAUACGCUUUUAAUUCACUGCCUGCACCAGCUUUGCUUGACGUCCAAUCCAUUGCAGCUGAUCGUAUUCUCUUGCUAGAUUCGUACUUUAGUGUUGUUAUCUUUCAUGGAAUGACAAUUGCACAGUGGAGGAAUAUGGGCUACCAGAAUCAGCCAGAACAUAAGGCUUUUGCCGAAUUAUUGCAAGCCCCACAAGAAGAUGCACAAUUAAUAAUUCGUGACCGUUUUCCUGUACCGAGACUUGUGGUUUGUGAUCAGCAUGGCUCUCAGGCAAGAUUUCUAUUGGCGAAAUUGAAUCCUUCGGCCACUUACAGCAAUGCGCACGAGAUGAUGAAUACUGGCUCUGAUGUGAUAUUCACUGAUGACGUGAGUCUACAAGUUUUCAUUGAUCACCUUCAGCGGCUGGCAGUUCAAGCCUCUUAACACAGUUUUAAUUGAUGGAUUCUUGUUUCGUUGAUGGUUUUGCGGAAGUUGUGAAGUGAAUUUUUGUGCCAUUUAUACGAGAAUAUGCCCUACUGUCGUUAAUUGCGAUGGUGAUGCCUUGAUCCUUCACUAUUUGAACAAUAAGGAAUAGAAGUUGAGAUUGAGUUUCUUGAGGGGUUAAAAAGAAUUUGUAACAUUAAAAGUGGUUUAAGGUAAGGCUAUAAUUGUAAGUUAAAAUAGACAUUUUUGGACGUGACAGCUGGUUGGGGUUUAUACAUUUGUAGCUCUUGCCGGGGUUUUUUAACAUUGUGAAAUCCACUACAUUACAUGCUGAAUUUAAAAGAUGUGGCUUAGGCUAGAAGACAAUAUUUGGACAGUGUCUUGUUAUAUUUUUAUUUUUAGUGCAAAAUAAAGAGUACGGCUCUGCACCUGCUCAGCUGCUCUCUAUUUGACUAUUUGUGGUAUUUGUGAAUGUCAAAAUAAUGGCUAAAAAAUUACAAGGAGAUUGAAUCAAAGUCGAGACAUAUAAAUGUGCG